AUUGUUUGUUCAGGAUAUACAAGAAAAUGCCCGUAUUACUACAUGGACAAAAGAAGACGAGAAGGACAGUCUUCGGUUCCAACUUUUGAAUACGAUGGCCUGCGGCCUAGAUUUUACACUGUUCCUAAGCCUUGGGUGUUGCCUUGCAAUUUAUACGACGUGAAAGAUUCAAAAUCUCUUGAAGCCUAUUUGCAAAAGUGUACUGGGAAAAAGGGACCGUACGACUUGUUCACAGGGCCGAGGGACGAAAGUACAAUCAAAGGCUAUUUUGCAACUGUAAAAUUGGAAGAUCGUGGCGCCUGGCCUACAUCAUUACCAGGAGAAAUGGGCAAACUGUUGCGUAAAUCAAAUUAUUAUAAAGGACGUUGGAGCACUUGUCCAAGAUUUGCAAAAGUGUCAGGCAGCAGAAUGAUGUUGAAGAAUAUAGCAAUAUGUUACAAAGAUCCGAAGGAACCAGGACCUGGCCAUUAUAAUCCAAAGACGUUAAGAAAACCGAAAAAUAUGAAAAAUUAUCCUUUCGACAUAAACGUUGAUUUUAUCUGGCCAUGUCCGUCGUGGGAAAUUCACCCUGGUCCAGCAAGAUACAAAAUCAAAGAUACCAAGACUAUAAAAGGAAAUGGAUGGACCUCUGUCUUCAAGAGCAAAGCACCACGAACACAUUUUAUUAUUAUUCCUACUUAUAACGCUUUCUAA